AUGAAAGGGAACGAUCCACCGACACUCAUAACAAUCCCAUCAACCACCACCACACCAACGGUCUUCAGGAAGGACACCUCACCUUCUUCUUCUUCUUCUUCUUCUUCUUCUUCUUCUCCAUCAUCCAAAGGCAGAAGCUUUUUGGACAAGACUCGCUACAAGUUCUGGGUUUUAGCUGCGAUUCUCCUGCUGGCUUUCUGGUCCAUGUUCACCGGAUCCGUUACCCUCAAGUGGUCCGCCGGCAACUUAACCCGCCUCUCCGACGACUUGGACCUUCCAUCCUUCGACGAUCUCGAUAUUCUGGAGGUGGAGGAGAGAGAGAAGGUGGUGAGGCACAUGUGGGAUUUGUACACCCAGAGCAGCAGAAGUAGCAGCAAUCGAUUGCCUCGGUUUUGGCAGGAGGCUUUUGAAGCAGCUUACGAGCAUUUGAGCAGUGACGUUGCCCCUGUUCGAGACGCUGCCGUUUUGGAGAUUGCCAAGAUGUCCAUCCGCUCCAUCAUACUCGACCCCUUUCCCCUUCAACUUCAUUCAGCGAGCAAUAGAGAAUUGAAAAAGAGAUCCAAGAAAGAAGAGGAAAGCAACAAGGUAGCUACAGCAGUAGCAAGUAGCUGA